AUGUUCCUAACCAAGCAGAGAUCACCUCGAAGCCCCGACGACUUCCCAACCGCCCAGCUCUUUCUUCUCGCCAUCGUUCGACUCGCGGAGCCCAUCGCGCUCACGUCCAUAUUCCCCUAUGCUUGGGCUCUGGUCAAGCGUUUCAAGGUCGGCAACGAGCAAGAUGCAUCCUUCUACGCCGGCAUCCUCAUCUCCAGCUUCUCCUUCGCCGAAGCGCUGAUGGGCAUGUACUGGGGAGCUCUUUCCGACAAAAUCGGCCGUAAGCCUGUGUUGCUCGUCGGCUGCCUGGGAACAAUGAUCUCCAUGAUCAUGGUCGGCUUCGCCACCAGCUUCUGGUUUGCUGUCCUGGCUCGGAUUCUAGGGCUCAGCAUGCAGAUGUUUAGUACUAACCCCAAUUGGCGGCAGGGGCUGAUGAAUGGAAAUAUUGCCACUAUACAGUGUAUGGUUUCGGAAAUCACUACCAGGCCUGAGCAUGAGCCCCGAGCGUACUCGGUGAUGCCCUUUGUCUGGUCCAUCGGCACGAUUCUGGGGCCAAUGAUAGGAGGCGUAUUCGGAGACCCCCACACGUCCUUUCCCGACGUCUUUCCCGAGGGCAGCCUAUUCGCCGAGUUUCCAUACCUUUUGCCAGCCUUGAUCUGUGCCUCCUUGCUGCUGUUCUCCCUCGUCUUGGGAUUUUUCAUGCUCGAGGAGACGCACCCGGAUUGGAAACCUCGCGCGAAGACGCCGGAGGAGACCAGCUCGUACGUCUCGUCAGAGACUCCGCUCCUCGAAACCUCGGACGCGAUGAAAAACCCGCCCGUGGACCUGCGCUCAGAGACUUAUGGAACUAUGAGAAGCAGGCUUAGUGUCGACCUAGCACGGGAGGUGCCUUACACCCAGGAGCCUGAGAAGGGCGGCCACCUGACGAUAUUCAGCAAGAGAAUCAUGGCACUCGUCAUCGCCCUGUCCAUUUUCACCUAUCAUUCCAUGACCUUCGAUCAUCUGAUGCCAAUCUUCUUCGAAGACGACAAGGGCUCCAUCAAUCAUUUCUCAAACCCGGGCGUCUUCUCUUCCUUCAACCCAUUCUACUCGCCUGGCGGUCUUGGACUUCCCAUGCAGGUGGUUGGAAUGAUAAUGGCAGUCAAUGGAGCGAUUGCUCUGUUUGUUCAAGCAGUUAUUUUUCCUCUCGCGGCUGCUCGCUUUGGCGUGUUCAGACUUUUCCUGGCGGUCACUGUCCUUCACCCCGUCAUAUACUUGCUGAUGCCAGUUCUGACCCAUGUUCCGGAGACACUCUUGUAUCCGACGAUAUAUCUCUGCCUGACGGUGCGGAACCUUCUGUCCAUCAUCCUUUACCCCCUUCUCCUGAUCCUCAUCAAAGAGGCUACGCCGUGCUCAAAGAUUCUUGGCAAAGUCAACGGUCUGGCCGCAAGCGCUGGAGCUGCCUGCCGAAUGAUUGCGCCUCCGGUCGCCGGAUAUUUGUACACCAUCGGUAGUCAGAUGGAUUGCACUGCUCUGGCCUGGUACGGUAGCGCCUUUGUGGCGGGAAUUGGAGCUAUUCAAUGCUUCGCCGUCAAGCGGGAGCGAAACGAUGAUCUGCUGGAGAGGGGCGAGAACGGCUCGGCGAAGGCCGUACACCCGGCGGUUACUAUCGUUGAGAUAGAUGAGGACGAGGUAUGA